GAUCAACACAUGCAUUGCCCACUCACCAGUCACAAGUCACAACACAUGGCUCCAUCUCUCCGUCCGAUGCAUCUCGUCGUCCUGGUGAUCCUUUCCACUAUGCCCCUGCCUUCUUCGUGGGGUGCCAUGUCCGACAACCAUGACCUGCUGAUGCUCGGCAGGUUCCACAGGUGGAUGUCGACGCACAACCGCACCUACCCCGGCGCCCACGAGGAGCUGCGCCGGUUUGACGUGUACCGCCGCAACAUGGAGUACAUCGACGCUGCAAACGCGGGCGGUGAGCUCGGCUACGAGCUCGGGGAGAACGAGUUCACCGACCUCACCCACGAGGAGUUCACGGCACGGUACACUGGAGGUAAAUUUGUCAUGAACGACGAUGAUUUUGUUGAUGAGACGAUCAUCACCACUCUUGCCGGGGAUGUCCACGAGGGGCGCGAAACGAUGGAGGACGAGGAUAGCCUGGGACUUCCUGAAAGGUGGGAUUGGAACGAGCAGGGCUUUGUUACACCGGCUAAAAACCAACAGAAAUGCGGUAAGGCUGCACAAUUCUGUGUUCAUACACUUUUUUAUACCUUGAAUUUACGAGGAAAUAAUUUCACUCCGAGUCCUCAUGGUAAUUAGCUUUUGUGCUCGAAACUAACACCCUUUAAUGUUGUUUGUCCUAAACACUAAUUUGCACCGGUUGAAUACUGAAUGGAACCGGGUAAUACUUGACGACAUGAAAUAAACAUUAUUUGAUUAGCAGUGCUCCUAAAAAAUGAACAUUUUUAAACUGUUUAAGAUUUGAGAAUAUAUAAUUACUCCCCCC